GGUUGAAUGAAGGUGAAUUCAAAUUGUGGAAACCCUAAUUUGGUAAUGUCAAAAAAUUGCGAUGAUUCUGGAGUUGAAUUGAAGGUAAAUUCAAAUGGUGGAAACCCUAAUUUGUCAAUGCUGGAUAAAUGUGUUGAAUUAAAAGGUGAGUAUUUGAAUGGAGGAAACCCUAAUUUGUUGAUUGAAGGAAUUGGCGCCAAAAAUGAUUGCGGAGCUCGGGUUUCGAAUGAUAUGAGUCCUAAUUUGAGUAACAAAGAUUUGAAGGGUUCGAAUGGUGAACAUUGUGAGGAAGAUGUGCAGACAACACCUCCAGAUGCUGUGGUUUUAGUCAGGCAGAGUGAAGAUCAAAGUGUCAUGCGGGGCAGACGUUCUGAUUCGAGGUCACCGCCGAAGAAAAUCAGUCCAAGUAAAGGUGGAUUUGCUGAGGGGAAGAGGAGUUUUCCUAAUUCCAAGAGAAAUUUGGGUCUGACUCCGUGCUCGAGGCUGAAGGUUUUUAAGGCCCCGAAUUCGUUCAGCUAUAAGAGACUGCUCCCUUUCUUAAUGGAUUUAUCAAAGGAUACACCAAAUGCACCAAAAGUUAAUCCAAGCAUUAAAAUCGAGAAGAUUGAAGAUAAGCCUCUAAUUUUCUCCUCUCAAGAAAAUGACAUUGAUUGUCCAAAAUUGGAUGAAAAGCCACUGGCAGCUGCAGUAUCUUGCGAAUCACCGGAAAUGAAUGUUGAUGGUAAAGAAGAGGUUCUUUUGAACCUUAAGACUAAUGUUUCUAAUCCUCAGCAAGCUGCUCCAUGUACCCCUGACAGUUCUAUUGAAAAGGCUCAAGAAAACCCAGUAUUUGAUUUAUUUCAGAUCGAAACCCCUGUAUCAGAUGAUCCCAAGAAUUGUGGAGCAUCUCUUGAUAGCCAGGUUUCAAAUAUAGGGAAGUCGGGAGAUAUUAGUCCAAUCGAUGAAUCUGAUCUUGCUGUCACAUUGCAUAGUCCCAAGAGAAGUGCUGAACCUUUAGGGGAAGAAGCCUUUUUAAAUACUCCGUCUCGUUUGUCUCUGUCUUUUGAACAAGAAUGCAGGACAGUACACACAGAGUCAAAUUCUGUAGGAAAUCCAGUUAAUGUCCUUAACAACUCUUCCACCCUGGAAGCUGUUGUUUCUCCAAGCGGUCCUAGUUCUGGCCAAGCAAAUGGCAUCCUAAAGAGAAAUCCCAGGGGUUGUCGGGGUAUUUGCUACUGCUUGAACUGUGCUUCAUUCCGUCUCAAUGCGGAAAAGGCAUUUGAGUUUUCAAGGAAUCAGUGGCUUGAUGCCGAAGAACUUGCCAUGGAUUUGAUGAAGGAGCUGUCAAACAUGCGGAGUAUUUUAGAAAAAUCUAUCAAUGGACCUGAUGCUAAUGCUGUUGUCCCAGUUGAUCAGGUUCAGGAAGCUUACAGGAGAGCUUCCCAUGCAGAAGAUACAGCAAGAAGCCGACUUGAUCAAAUGAGUGAAGAUCUCCAUGUUCAUUGCAGAACCAAGCCUUUGCAGCGUCCUGGGGUAAAUUUCUCAAGCUCUGUCCAAGAAAAGAAAGAUCAUAGGAGCCUAGGAGGAAGAACUUUUGCAAGAUGUCGAAAAGUCUCAAUGAGGAUCUUGGACUAAUGAUUGGAAGACUUCUUUUAUCAGUUAAGGAAAUUGAUUAUACUGUGGUUUUGUUCUAGAGUUGAAAUGUACUUGUCAUUCAUGAUCUUAGCUGCUUGAAAAAAGGGGUGAAGGAAAGAAUCUCAUUGACUGACUCAUGUUUGUCGAAAGACCAUGGCUAUUGGAUCACCUAAUGACAGUAACUACUGAAAUUCACAUUAUUGUAUUUGUAAGUUUAUAGUUUAGGUUAUAUUAUAUGACUGCAUUAGCUGUA